AUGUCUCGGGUCUUCCUACUUUCAACCGAACGGCUACGGCUUUGUUGCAGCUCCCUGACAGUUGAGCAAGCCAGUGAUGUCAUGUGGGCUUAUUGCAAACUGCAGCCGCAUGGAACUGUCCCCAAGGGGCUGUUUGAGCUUUUGUACAACCACAUACUGCAGAACUUCUCCAAGCUUCCAAUGCCGAGGUUAGUUCAAUGCCUGUUGAAUACAGCGAGAGGCCUCUCUGGACACUUUCGCUUUUGGGAUGAGAGUGUUUCCGUCCAUCCCCGUCGAAACUGCCAUCGGUUUGCAUUCAGGGACAGGCGGUUGUUGCAGCAAGCCGAGUCUCAAGUAGUGAAGGAAGUGGCUGAAAUGGAAAGCCGUCACCUGACUGCUGUGGUGCAAGCCUACACCUUGUCCCAUGUUGCUUCUCCUGAAUCCGUUUCCGUCUUUCUGCGCGCCAGCUUUGACAAGAGCCGCGAGCUGGCGCCCGAGGAGCUUUCGGCCCUGCUGGUGAGCUAUGCGACCCUGCGAGUAGGAUCUUCCUUUGCGGGGCAUGUGCAGAUUGAUAUCUUGGAUCGCCUAGCGCAGUUCUCGGCCGUUCACUUCUCAGAGAUCCUCUGGGCGUUUUGCGCCCUGCGCCACCGGGACGCGCACUUCUUCGCGACGCUGCUCCGGCUCCUCACGCCGGGCGGCGUGCGGACCGCGCGGGGCGCGGUGCUGCUGUGCCCCGCGCUGUUGGAGAUCCGGACCUACUUCCCGUCAUUGGAUCCGGAGGGCCUGGAGCGGUACACGUCCUAUGUGCGGGAGCCCUUCUGCAGAAGCCAAAUGCACAGUGCCGCGCCUGAGGUGGCGCGAGAAAGCUUGGCACGUUCCUUGAGCAAGGCGGGCAUGAAGAAGGUAGAGCAGCUGGUCGACAUCGAUGGCUAUGUCGUGGAUGUGUUGGUGCCUAGUGAUGGCAAUGAACUGGACAAACCUGUAGCUGUACAAUACCACUCAGCACCGCGCACUCUGCAUAUGGCCACUGGUGAACCGCUGGGGCAAACCAUGAUGAAGCAGAGAUACUUGCGCGCCCAUGGAAUGUGUGUUGUGAAUAUUUUGGACGAGACAUGGGAUUCUAUGGACUGCGAGGAGCAGGCGCUAGACCUGGCACAACAGAUUCAGCGAGCCCAGAAACAGCCCACCGGAAAGAGCUUUGUUGGUCCGGCCCAUCGACCCAAGGAAUGA